ACAUUAAAGGGGAGGGGAAAAAAGAAGUACUACUCAGGCCAUGUAGAAAAGAGGCAGACACAAAUUGGAUGUCAUAGAUGACACUGCAUGUAUUCACACAUUUUAUAUGUCAGAUGCUUUCAAGAGUAUUAUUUCCCUUAAUCCUCCAUGAGAAUAUUAUAGUUAAGGACAGUAAAUCUCUACUUUUUAUUUUAUUUUUGUAACCAUUUAUUUCAGCCAGACUGAGGACAUUGUCGGGAAGCAAAAUCUCAAAUGCUUCCAAUAAAUCUCUGUCUUAGAAAUUGAGGAAACUGAGGUUCAGAGAAACAAAAUCACCUGUUCAUAGUUUCACAGCCAGUAAGUGGCAACUCUUUUGAUAGCAAGUCCAAGGUUCUUUUCACCCUACCUCCCUCUUCAGAUCAGGCGCCAGAAGGAAUCUUAGGAUGAAAAUAUACUGAGUUAUAACAGUAACUGGGAGGGAUUGAUUGUGUUUGUUUUAUGGGAACAGGUUCUGUCAGCUUCUCUGUAGUCAAGGUUAGCAUGUGAGACCAGAAGAGCAGCUUUGAAAGAGAAGCAGAAUUCUUUGACAGUUUUGCUGAGGAAGAAGUCUGAAGGAAUAGGCCUGAUGAUGUGAGAAAAACCCAGGAAUCUUUCUGGAUGAGAGGAAUUUGCAGACAAAGGACAGAGGGAAAGAGACUAGAUUUCCAAAAGGGUUCCUAAGGUAACACGAGCAGCUUUGGUUAUCCAGCAGCCUCCCAGUGACUAUAGGUAAAGACUCCGCUGUGCCUUUUUAAAAGCGUAGGGGGAAUAGGAUCAGGGUGUUGGCUGUUUUCUUUUUAAAGCCAUAGCCCCAUUAAAUGCAGAUCAAGGCAAGCACAUGGCUGCUGCCUUCCUCCUUUGGUUCUGAGUACAACCUCCUGAGCUCUGAGCCACCACCAACCUGUUUCCUAGAAGCCCAUUACUCACUCUUUCAGUAGCAGCAUACUAAACUGCUGUGUCUUGUUUGUGCUUGUUCAGGAGAACAGAUGAGGUGGACGUGUGGGAGGUGGGGGAUGUACUGUUCUCUUUCUGAGUUUGUGUGGAAUUUCCAGGGCCAGGCUCCCCUCUCACAUCAGCCAGAGUGAUGCAGCUUGCUUCCCUCUGGCUGCCAUUCCCAACUUUCCAGAGGCUGAGGUGCAUGAUUUCAGAUAUCAAAAGGGAAUAAAAUUUGACUUUGAAGGUAGGGGAAAUCCCCUCCAAACUAGACAUUCAAACUCAUGCACCAGUUCCAAGGUGCAUAGUAAUCACUGGUAUUAUAAACAGGUAAUUCUACCCUUGUGAAGAAGGAGGAUACUUAAACAAUGAAAGCCAGACGUCAGAGGGCUUUGAGGUUUAUAGUGAAGCAGGUAAAUAUGCCUAGACUCGAAGGCUCAAGUGGGACUAGUUUUUAGUGCUACCUACGCCUCACCAGCACAUGACUCAUGCAAAAUGCAGCCACCUUUGUGCAGAUCUUUCUAGGCAAAUCUCCACUCCUGAUGGGGAAAUGUUUAUCAUAUUACAUUGCGAUGUUUCUUCAACAAGUGGAAUGGUUCCUGAACAGGUCAUAGCUCAUGUUAAAGAUGAGCAAAGCUCUGUAGGGCACGAACCCGCUGAUCCCAUCAUCUUGGUCAAGGCCAGUCUAUUGGAUGAAUGGUCACUGUAAGCAGCAGGUGCUAAUGAGCUGAGCAAGCAUUCUGUGGCUCACAGCUAGGUUGUAUGGUCGGAGACCUCUCCAGAUUCUCAUGGACAAUCUCGAUACCCUCCUUGCUCCCUUCAUGUAAAAAAGUUUCAUGACCAUAUUUUGGCAUGACUUCUUCAAACGAAAUCCCUGUUGUAGCAAGUUGCAUUGCAGUUGGUAAUCUCUGAUGAGCCUGUGAAUGUGAAUGUAGGUCUGUUUUCCCCCCUUUUGAGAGUCAGUUUGGUAACUCCUAUCCUUUCCUUAGGAGUUGGUGUCAGGAAAGAAGUAGUGUCACCUUGCUCCAGCCUCCCCGCUACCCACUUCCUGCCCCUUCUACUCAACAAAAGAAAGGAUCAGACUUGAAGAUAAUGGCUCCACACUUUGGAAGUGAAGAGAUUGUUUUCUGAAGGCUGCGUUGGAGGCUGUGACAGAGCAGAGCCCGUGUGGAGCCGAUGGGAAGGCUUUCUGAGUAACAUGGCCCUUCGCCAUUAGCCUUGCCAUGACCACAUUUUUCACCAGCGUCCCCCCCUGGAUUCAAGAUGCAAAGCAGGAGGAGGAAGUGGGCUGGAAACUAGUUCCCAGGCCUCGGGGCCGAGAGGCGGAGAGUCAAGUGAAGUGCCAAUGUGAAAUCUCGGGGACACCCUUCUCAAAUGGGGAGAAGCUGAGGCCUCACAGCCUCCCCCAUCCAGAGCAGAGACCAUAUAGCUGCCCUCAGCUGCACUGUGGCAAGGCUUUUGCCUCCAAGUAUAAGCUGUAUAGGCACAUGGCCACCCACUCAGCCCAAAAACCACACCAGUGCAUGUACUGUGAUAAGAUGUUUCACCGCAAGGACCAUCUUCGGAACCACCUGCAGACCCAUGACCCCAACAAAGAGGCUCUCCACUGUUCCGAGUGUGGUAAGAAUUACAAUACGAAGCUGGGCUACCGGCGCCAUCUGGCCAUGCAUGCCGCUAGCAGCGGUGACCUCAGCUGUAAGGUGUGCCUGCAGGCCUUUGAGAGUACCCAGGCCCUGCUAGAGCACCUGAAGGCCCACUCACGCCGGGUAGCAGGGGGUGCCAAGGAGAAGAAGCACCCCUGUGACCACUGUGACCGGCGGUUCUAUACUCGUAAGGAUGUGCGGCGGCACCUGGUGGUGCACACAGGCCGGAAAGACUUCCUGUGCCAGUACUGUGCCCAGCGGUUUGGCCGCAAGGACCACCUGACACGGCAUGUCAAGAAGAGCCACUCGCAGGAGUUGCUCAAGAUUAAGACAGAGCCAGUGGACAUGUUAGGCCUACUCAGCUGCAGCUCCACAGUCAGUGUGAAGGAAGAGCUGAGCCCUGUGCUGUGCAUGGCCUCUCGGGACAUGAUGGGGGCCAAGGCCUUCCCUAGUAUGUUACCCAUGGGCAUGUAUGGCGCCCACAUCCCUACCAUGCCCAGUGCGGGCAUGCCACACUCCCUGGUGCACAACACACUGCCCAUGGGUAUGAGCUACCCUCUGGAAUCCUCGCCUAUCUCUUCUCCAGCUCAGCUUCCUCCAAAAUACCAGCUUGGAUCUACCUCAUACUUGCCCGACAAAUUGCCCAAAGUGGAGGUGGAUAGUUUUCUGGCGGAGCUUCCUGGAAGCCUGUCUCUCUCAUCCGCUGAACCCCAGCCCGCCUCACCUCAGCCGGCGGCAGCUGCGGCCCUCCUAGAUGAAGCACUGCUCACCAAGAGCCCCGCCAACCUCUCUGAGGCCCUCUGCGCUGCUAAUGUGGACUUCUCCCACUUACUGGGCUUUCUUCCACUCAAUCUGCCCUCGUGUAACCCGCCUGGGGCCACAGGAGGCCUAGUCAUGGGCUAUUCCCAGGCUGAGGCACAACCCCUGCUCACCACAUUGCAAGCUCAGCCUCAAGAUUCCCCGGGAGCUGGGGGACCUCUGAACUUUGGGCCUCUGCACUCCUUGCCUCCUGUCUUCACCUCUGGCCUGAGCACCACCACCCUGCCUCGUUUCCACCAGGCAUUCCAGUAGCCCCCAAGGAGGCCCUCAGCUCAGUCUUGGAUUCUGUCAGAGCGCUUCAGUACCCAUCCCCUCUGCAUCCCCUAUAAAGGCAGCUGAGCUUUCAGAGCUGGAUUCAAACAGAAAAAAAAUCCAGUAUCUGUAUGGAGCACUUGGUUUGGGGGCUCAGGCUCCAGGAUCAGUUCUAGGAAGAGCCUUGAGCCCCAACCCCAUGAAAAGAUCGCAUAAUAUAGGACUUCAGGUAUUUUUAUUUUUAUUUUUUUGAUCUGAAUCGGGAGCCACACUUAGUCCUCUCUUUCUCCAAAAUGUCAGAACCUCCUUCUCUUUGGAGAAGGGGGAGACCUGUUGGAGACACAGAGGGUUUCACUUUGGAUGACCUCGAGAAAAAUAGCCGAAGAAGCCCGCCUUCUGGUCCCAUCCUGCAGACCCCACAGCAGUUGGUCAGGCCCUGAUGCAUAGGGUCACUUGGCUCUAUCACCUGCUUCCAACCAACAGGCAGGAGAGAGGGCCUCUAUUCCUCACUACUCCCAUCCCUCCUGUACCAGCACCUCCAUUUUCAGUCAGUGUUGUCCAGCAACGGUACUGUUUACAUAAUCGCUUCAGACACACCAUUUCACCUCCCUUGCCGAGCUGUUAGCCUUAGAAUGAUUGCAGUGAACAUUGUUUACACACCGUGAAUUCAUUCCCACCAGUCCAUUCCAGUUGGCACCAGCUGGAACCUUUCGGUACCUGGUGUUAACCGGAGCCCUGUUUACAAGGCGGAGUCGGGUCUCGCUGACUUCUCUUCACUUGAGGUCAUAUUUUUCCCCUGUGGGGAAAUAAACUGACUUUGGACUGCUUCAUUCUCGCCAUUUUCCAUCACUGUGUCUGUUCCUGCCUUCCUCAGCAGUGUCUGCAGGAGACAGGCAAGAAGAUUGGAGCAGUUUUCUCACAGGUCUGCAGUUCUGUUUUUCUCCAAGUAUACAUCAUGACCCCCCUCAUUCCCCUUUUGAACUGGGGAGGGGAAGAAAUGAAAGGCAUACCCACUUCCAUCACCUUCCCAUUCCCUAUACCCCACACUGAACAUCAUGAGCUUUUAUCAUGAGUCUUAGAAGGAGGGGCUUGGGUUCUAGGCUGGUGUGAAUUGCAAAGGAGAGGGUGUGAACUCCUCAGUUGUCUCUCUCCUACCUGUCCCUUUUCCAGGAAGUUGUGGAAUUGUAGCAAGAAGAGUUUUCAGAAAGUUGGGACUGGGCAGGUAGUUGAGUCCUAAUCUAUGGGUGCAUCAUUGCCUCCCACACCAAACUUUUCUUAACGACAGUGUCACUCUUCUCUCUUCCACUUUGCAGUUUCCUUGGACUCAGGGCCACUGUACAUAGGCUUUUCUGCUUUCCAUCAAAGAACUUCCACCUCCCUCUUGUGGCCCCCCUCAGUUUUGCCCCCAGUACUCAGCAAGGUUACGUGCAACAAAUGAUUAGUUCUGACUUGUGGGGCUCUGCCAUGGACAGCACAGCCCCUGCCCAGUUGAACCCCAUCCCUGCUUCAUCUCAGUUCUGCAUGGGUACUCUUCCCACUCAUGGAAGGGAGGUAGCUCAGGGACCACCAAUGUGGGACCCUCUUGAGAUACCUCCACUCUGAUUCAGAAACACACUUCUACCUCUUUACUGUUAACUCCUCAGAUGCAGCCAGCAGUUUCUGGGCACUUCUCACGGCGGGUGCCUCAUGCUGGCUCCUCCACUAGGGUUUCAGGACAGACUACCAAGGAACUGCCUCAGCCUCCUCUCAAUCCUCCUCCUCCUCCCCUUUGGUCAGAAACUGAGCAGGUCCAAGACCCAGGCUUCUGUACUUCAGCCCAGGCCAGUACUCUUUGUUUGAGGUGAAAGCCUUAAAAUGUAGCUCCCUUGCCCUUGAUUGGAAGCAAUGUGGAGCAAAUAAGCAUGUUUUGAUUUAGGCACGGUAGCUGGGGAUACUUUUAAAAAAUAAAACCAGAUAUAAAAAUGUCUGGCAAGGUUAGAAUCAGACUAGAUGAUUUGCUUCUAAAAAUUAGUUUCAGUGAGUCCCAGGGACUGAUUAAGGUUUAUUUUUAAAAGCGUCCACCUUGGUACGCAGCCACCUCCUGCAUGCUGUGCAUGUUAUUGGGACUCGUAUUACAGGAAAUGGUUAUGUGAGGAUCCAAGCAGGACUCAGUGCUGCCAUUCUCCUUGUCUCUGGUCUUCAUCACUAGACCCAGCAACCCUUCACCCUCUCCCCACCCUCCCUGGCACCCUUUGUUUACAGAGGCAAAUGGGUCUCUGGCCACAGAAUAUAGUCUCAGGUUGUUAGAGGAGACCCCUCCUUUCUGCCUGCUUUUUCCAGUCUUCUUCCUUGAAUCCUCCCCCAUUAGUGAUGCUGGGAAACUCAUAGGACAGGCAAAGCAACUAUUUAAAACCUUGUAAUUUGAGCCUUGCCCCUUUUCCCCUCUCCUUUUCCUUCCAUCCUGCUCCCUUCCGUCUUCCUUCAGUGCCCUCACCACCCAUAAGGAAUUUCCCUGUCACUGUGAACUUUGCAGGUGCAGAGGAACAUCUGCCUUUACCUUUUUUUUUUUUUUGCCAUAGCCACCCAGCUGUUUCUUAAACCUCCCUUUCCAUAGUUAAAAAAAAAGAAGAAAAAAAAAGCCUUAUUGGCCUGCUUGUUCAAAAGAUAAGAAUAGCUUUAUCCUACACUCGUACCAAACCCACGUCAGUACCCUUACUAAGGCCAUGAAAGCCUGAGGGCCAUCUACCCAGGACAGGAACCAUGGCAUGUGGCAGAGACCAAACAGGGACCAGGAAAAGGGUAAUGUCCCCUUUCCCCACCAUCUCUAACUUCUGUCCGUGAUGAGCUGCCCUGAAUGGGGGCAGCACCUCCUGCCCUGCACAGUAGCUGGUCACCAUUGAGUGUAGUCCUGGGGGCCAGAGGAUGACAUGCCCAGCUCUGUGAGCACAAAGGAUCUGUGCACAUCUUAAAGAGGUGAGAGCUAGGGAAUGGAGCACCAAUGAGUUUUUCCCCCUAGCCUUUUACAAAUGGCAUAUUGUUAAUGGAAAUCCGGGACGCAGGUGUGAUUACUUUUUUGCUCAUAGAUAUUGUCCUAAGUUGAAAUUCUCCCACUACCCUAACUUUCCCCUAGUAGCCCUUUAAAUCCCCCCUUCCUUCUUUUUGGUAGUUUUUUUCCCAUCCCUUUCUCCACCUUCCCUCUUAUCUAGGAGCUGUUUGUAAGCACGAUUUUUUUUUUAACAGUUUAUAUUGUACAGGAUCAAUAUUUUGCUUUUAACAAGGAUAUUUAUGUAAUAAACUUUGCCUUAGGCAGGUGUUGGCCAGAAAAAUCCAGGUUCCUCUGGGACCCAACCCUGGCCUCUCCUGGAGCUCUGAACCUGCUGUGGAAGGAAUUGGCUGUGACCUUCACCACUGGAGAGUGGAGUCUGUGGCUAGGGAAAAGGGUGUUCUGGUUCUGACAGGAGAAGGAUUCACCAUGAUAACCUAGUGCCUCUGUGAAGGGGUUUGGAAGAAAUAUUCCAGUCUGAUUUCUUCGGAUGUAAGCUGAUUUUCUUAGCUGAUUCUCCCCAUAUGCACAUCUCCACCUCUGAAUAUUUGGCACUAGAACUGCCACACCGCUUCUCCUCAUACACCUCCCUCCCUCCCAGUGGUCAAGGCUUUGGAGCCACUCUUUCGUAACGCCAGAUUAUUUAAAGAGAAAAAUACAAGACAAAAACCUUCUAGCACUUUGUAAACACAGUGAAUAACCUCUUGGAGUAUUUUUGGCUUUAUAUAAAACAAGGUUUUUAAUUGUAAAAUAUAAGUGCCAUUAGAAAAUGCACAGGGCAUAUCUUUGUUAAAGUAGAUUUUUCAAUGUUUUACAGAAUUACAUUUUCCAAAAAAAAGUUUUUAUAAUGAAGUUGUUUAUUAAAAACUUCUGAAUGAUG